AUGACUUGCACUAAUCAAUUUCCACCACACAUCACCACUUAUCAGAGGGGGGAGCCUAUAGGCGUCGUUGCGUGGAGUAUGUCUAACGACAAGAUCAAACUCGAAUACGCCAAGGGAGCCGAGGAGGGGAAAUUCGAAGCUACAGAGGGCGCGGGGGACAGCAGCAAUAGCAAUAGCAGCAAGACGGAACCGAGGCGUCGAGGUAAGAGUCAAUGCGUGCUUUGCGGCUCUGUGUAGCCCAGAACAUAGUCAUCUUUUUCUUCGACUCUAACUCCCUUAGCUUCUCGUGCCGGGACUCGAAGUGUAGCGACUCUGACCGAGGCCCAACUCGCAAGAAAGAGAGCAAAUGAUCGAGAAGCGCAGAGGUCGAUUCGACAGCGGACGAAAGACCGUAUUGAGCGUCUGGAGCAGCGCAUAAAGGACUUGACCGAGGGACAGAAUGACGAGCGAUCCUUCGAGGAGAUUCAGAGGCGGAAUGAAGAACUCGAGGAAGAACUCAGGCUGAUGAGGGAGGCAAUUCCGCAAUAUGACGAGAAUUCUCCCUAUCCCAAUCGCUCACUCAGACGUUAGUAUACACACUUCAUGAUUCCUAAUUGCACGCAGGCAAGAGUGCCAUUGGUAUUCAAUGCAAGGAACGCCCAUCAGAUGUGGCUCUUUCUUCGUUGGUACACGGAUUUGCUUUUCCCUUCCAUCACCCGAGUAUGAUUCCGUUCGGCCACUGACUAACAUUUUGUGCUCCAGCUGACCACUUGGGUAUUCAAAUGCCUCCGCGGCCCUUAUACCAAGUACCAUGGAAAAUGCCCAAUGUAAGCCCAGGUGCAACAGCAUUAUCUACAUCAUACCCAACACCUGGUCUCAACAGCGUAUUCUCCGGGUCCAACUAUUCACUUUCGAACGCUGGGUCCCCAUUAUCGGAGAUGGGCUCUGGGAGUGAUUACUUUGGCAGCUUCGAUGUUGAACCUCCACAAAUGAGUGCGUCUUCUGCAGGACGUAGCAGGCCAGUAAUUGCUCGAAGUGUGUCAUACCCAGAUCCAGGCCAAGGUAGCUAUGAGUUUCUCCGCCUCUAUAAUGUAAUUUCUGACGUAUAAUAGAACAACAAGCAUGGUCUCCAGGUCCGUUCGGAUUUAUGGGCAUUGACGAGAAUCUUGCUGGCUCUAAUUGUGUGAUGUCUAACAAUCAGAACGCCAGGGCACGCGCCAUGUCCACGAUCCCUUCUUCCCGGCCGGCCUCUGCUUCCGCGUCAUCCAUAACCCCAAGACCAUUUAUGAAUUCCGAUCAUACGCAUCAGCAUGGCAGUCUUUCUUCGAGCCCGGUCCUUUCAGCGCUUAAGCCUAGCUCAAUGGCGAACGGGCCACACGCUGGACAUCAGAUCCCAUUAAGUCUUUCACCAGUCUCAAGUAGUGCUCAAUCGAUAGUAAAAGGAUUGCAAAUCCCCCAGCAGUCCCCAACCAAUAAUCAUCCCUCUUCCAAUCUCUCGUCUAAAUCGUCGUCUCCGCAAAGCAGCUCAUUGCCUCAACCGCCUAACUCGUUUCUCAACCAGCCGUCGCUUCAUCCUUGGGAGCUGCCCCUGAACUUGCUCCCUCCUACUGGUCCAGUUGAUGCGAUUCUCAUUGGCCUUCUCCAGCGUCAAAGAAGGCUCGCUCUCGAAGGAGUUACCGGCGAUGAACUCAUCGGACCGCCAGUACCCUCUGUCCAAGCCCUCCUUCACCCGACAAGAUCCAAUGAAGUCCACCCUGUCUCUUCUGUUAUCUCCAAUCUUCUGCAAAGAACGACCCUUCGCGGCGUCCCGGAGAAAGUAGCUGUUCUCUUCCUUAUCUACCGCAUCACACAAUGGCAAAUCUCUCCCUCGCAAGAGACUUACAACAAUCUUCCAGAUUGGUUUCUCCCUCGAUCCUCUCAAUUGGUGACUCGUCACCCUAUGUGGGCAAGUCAGAUCAUCUUUGGAAAGUUGAAGGAUAUCGUCAUUCACAAUCAGGAGGUUUAUGCCACGGAAGAAUUUCAACAUAUUUAUUCGGCGAACGUGAAUGUCAAUUGGCCAUACAGAGAACAGGACGUGAUGACGUACGUCGGAGAUGAGUCGCGGGUGGCGGAUACGUUUGUGGAACACAUUUGCCAAUUCGCGAAUUGGAGCUUGGAUGAAGCCUUUUUUAGAAGGUAUCCUGAGUUGAGAGGGUGUUGUAAGGUGACUGGGAGUAUGGACACAAGUUCGUGAAGGAGGGGGGAGUAUGCGAUGGAUGAUAGGAUUUCAUGUGCAUGGUUGGAUCGGUUCAAUUACGGGUAUUUCAAUAUUCGGUGAUGAUUUUAUGAUGGGAUGGGGGCGUAAAAAUUGGAUACUACUACCCUAGGCACUUUCUUCUUUCUUUUGGAUAUGAGUUAGGGAAGCUCUCCAGCCUUUCGAGUUCUCACCAUACUCUGGUUUCCUUUGGUUCAGCAAAAUACAUAUUUUAGUUUGUUAAUUAGAGAGCUUCUAAGUCUUCAUUCGUCCUAUUCCAAACCAGUCUCUUGCAGUUGUGCCCUUCUUACGAAUUCAUCCUAUCUACU